AUGUCUACAGAGGACGAUGGGUUCAACUCGAAAAACUGGGUCUGGGUUCCAGAUGACAAUAAUUUUUUCUCUAAGGGAUAUAUAACCGACUACUUACAAGACGGUAAUUGUAAAGUGACGAUAAUCGAUGGAAACCAUGAAACGAACAAAAUAGUGGAAAGCGAUAAGCUAGAAAAUUGCAAUCCUACGAAGUUUAAUAAAUGCGAUGAUAUGGCUGAGUUGACACAUUUGAACGAGCCAUCUGUUGUUUAUAAUUUAUAUUUGAGAUACAAUGAUGAUUUGAUCUACACGUACUCGGGUUUAUUCUUAGUUGCGAUAAAUCCAUACAAAUCUUUGCCUAUUUAUGAGAAGAAGGUUUUAAAAAAGUUUCAUAAUCAUGAAUAUGAAAGGCCUCCUCCUCAUAUCUUUGCAACUGCUGAAGGUACUUACAGGAAUCUUUUGAGUAACCAUAAAGAUCAGUCGAUUCUAGUUACUGGAGAAAGUGGUGCAGGUAAAACCGAAAAUACAAAAAAGAUUAUCCAGUAUUUGUCUUCAAUCACAAGUAUUGACAAUACUAUGAAGAAUAAUAACCAUACGAUUGAUAUAAAAAUACUUCAAGCCAAUCCAAUCUUAGAGAGUUUCGGUAAUGCAAAGACGAUCAAAAAUAACAACUCAUCGAGAUUUGGAAAAUUUAUCAAAAUCUACUUUUCUUCCGAAGGGAUAAUAAAUGGUGCAAAUAUUGAUUACUAUUUGUUAGAAAAAUCGAGAGUUGUUGGCCAAUCUGAAGAAGAAAGAAAUUACCAUAUCUUUUACCAAUUUAUUAAAGGACUUGAUAAAUCGAAACUAAAGGGUUUUGGAUUAAGUGAUGAUGUAAAAAAUUAUAACUACUUAAGUGGCUCCAAAACUAAUAUACCAAACACAGAUGAUGCUAAAGAUUUUAAUUUUUUAGUGGAUGCAUUUAAUACCAUGGGCUUCACUGAUAAAGAAGUAACAAAUAUAUUAUCUAUACUUGCCAUUAUAUUGCAUCUUGGUAAUUUAGAAUUCAAUUCCUGGAAAGCAGAACAGGCUAGCUUUAAGGCUGAUGCACCAAUCGAUAUUAUUAUAGAUCUUUUAGGCAUAUCAAGGCAAGAUUUUUUGGAUAAUAUUUUAAGACCCAAGGUUAAAGCAGGUAGAGAGUUUGUUCAGAAAUCCAAGAAAGCUCCUGAAGUUAAAUAUGCUGUUGAUGCAUUAGCGAAACACUUGUAUGAGCGAGUUUUCCAAUAUAUUAUUGAAAGGAUUAACGAUAAUUUGAAAAACGAAACACAUCAAGGAACCUUGAACUUUAUUGGAGUAUUAGACAUUGCAGGAUUUGAAAUUUUCAAACAAAAUUCAUUCGAGCAAUUAUGCAUCAAUUAUACUAAUGAAAAAUUACAACAAUAUUUUAAUCACCAUUCCUUUAUUUUAGAACAGAGUGAGUAUUUAAGGGAAGAUAUACAAUGGGAAUUUAUUGAUUUUGGUCAAGACUUACAACCAACAAUUGACCUAAUUGAAACUAGAAAUCCUAUGGGUGUUCUUGAAAUUUUAAAUGAGGAAUGUAUGGUCCCGAAAGCAAGUGAUAAAACAUUUAUUGAAAAACUUGCUGCAAAUUGGGGCAAAGGUCAAAGCAGCAAAUUUCAACAAAACAAGCUCAAGAAUGGUUUUAUUAUUCAUCAUUAUGCUGGUAAGGUUGAGUAUAAUGUUGAUAAUUGGUUACAGAAGAAUAACGAUCCUGUUAAUGAAAAUGUUUUAAAGCUAUUACCUUUUUCGGAAAAUCAAUUUGUGAAAGAUUUGUUUAUAAAUGACGAGCACUUAGUACAGAACAAUAGUAAUAAGAGGAGGUUAAAGACUACUUCGCAAAAGCAUAAAGAACAAUUGUCCAGUUUGAUGGAUCAAUUAAGUCGUACAGAACCUCAUUUCGUAAGGUGUAUUUUACCGAAUCUCGAGAAAAAGCCGAACAAAUUGGACAAGAAUUUAAUUUUGCAUCAAUUGCGAUGUAAUGGUGUACUAGAAGGAAUUCGAAUUACUAGAGCUGGUUAUCCUAAUAGAAUGACUUUCGAUGAUUUUUGCUCAAGAUACUCAAUUCUUAAUAAGAAAGAAGUAUUCACCAAAAAUACAAAAACAAAUAGUGAAUUGAUCUUAAAACAUGUUCAUUUAGAUGUUGAUAGCUAUAAAGUGGGUAUUACAAAAAUUUUCUUCAAAAAUGGUAUAUUAGGCAAACUUGAAGAAUUGAGAGAUUUAAGUUUAAAAAGUACCUUUACAGAUUUGCAAAGCUUAAUCAGAGGUAAUUCAACAAGAGCUAGUAUGAAAUCCAAAAUUUCGGAGAUCCAAUCCUCUCAGCUUUUAGCCAGAACAUUCAAAACUAUGGAUGAAUCUUUGAAUUUAAGUCCAUGGAUGGAUUUAUUUAUCCACAUUAAACCGCUCUUGGAAGAUUCUGUGAAGGUUCUUGAUACGAAAGAAAUGAACGAAAAUUUGAAAAGGGCCAAUGAUAAAUUGGAGGAUACUCUAAAGUCCAAAGAGAAACUUGAGAGUGAGAAUGAAAGGCUUCGAAAUCAGAUGAAUAAACUAGAAAAUGAAAUUAUCGCGACGACUAGCAUGGUGAAAGAGAGAGAUUCUUUAGUAGAAAAACUCAAAAAGCUUGAACAGGAGGGCAUUAAGAACAUAUCUGAGUUGAAAAACAAAAUUGAAAGCACCAAGCAAGAAUCUUCAAAGUUAUCUAAUGAUAAUUCAGCUAUAGAAAAGAAACUUGAAGAAUCAUAUAAGAAAAUCAAGCAAAAUGAAUCUCAAAUUAAUGAAUUAAAUGAUAAGCAUUCAGCUUCUUCUUCCAGAAUUGCUGAAUUGGAAUCUUCAAUUAGAUUGCAUGAAGAAGAAAAACUGAAACAUAAAAGCUUAAUCGCCAAUCUUGAAAAAGAGCACUCUACUUCUAGAGAAUUGGUUGAUUUAGAGGCAAACAAGUUACGUGAUUUGAAUCAGCAAUUGAAAUCUCAAUUACAAAGUAUUGAGACUAAGCAUAGUGAGCUUGUCCCGGAACAUGAAAGUCUUACUAAGAAACUCACAUCAUUAAAGGAAUCUAUAGCUAUUGAUAAAAACUCGGGUACAGAAAAAGAAAAAGAAAUCAAAUCAUUGAGGUCUAAUGCUGAGGCUAGUGAAAAACAAAUUAAUGAAUUACAGAGUCAGUUAACAGAAAUGAAAGCAUAUUCGGAUAAAAUUAAAAGUGAAUUAGCGCAGGUCACUAGAGACUUGAAACUAAAGGAAGAUACGUAUAAAAAAUUGGAGAAUGAAUCGAGCCAAUUAAAGAAAGAAGUAAAGAGCUUGAGAGAUACCGAAAACAGCCUCAAACAAAAGCAUGCAAAGGAACGCAUUGAUCUACAAGAUAUAUCAUUGCUUAGGGAAAAGUUGGCAACAGCCGUAAAUGAAAAUACUACGAUUACUAAAUCUCUAGAAUCUUUGAAAACAGAAUACGAAUCAUCCAAAAAAGCAAAUGCUGAAUAUACGAACCAAAUCGUUACAUUAAACCAUAAGCUUAAAGAAUUGGAAAUUUUUGCUAAAGAAAAUGAGAAAGAAAAAGAAAACCUCCCGCCUGAACCUUCAUUUAAAGGCGAAUAUGCUAACAUGAAGCUUAAGUUGAAUGAACACAGUGCAAUGUUACGGAAAGAAAAAUUCGAAAACAAAAAAUUAAGCGAAGAGUUGAAUAUGUUAAAGGCUAGAAAAUCUUUUGAAGAAUCGAAAAAUGAAGCAAGUCUCAAUAGAAGAUCCUUGGCUAUAGGUGAAGGAAUUUCUUUGAGGUCUGGAGUGGAUACUCUAAAUGAGGAGAUUGAAAGCUUGAAAUUGAAACUAGAACAGGAGGAAGCAAAUUCACAACGGGCGGAAAAUUAUGCCAUUGAGCUUCAAAAGAAGUUGAAUAAGUUACAAUCCACUAGAGGAAUAAAUAGCUGGACUGAUUAUGAAAAGAAAUAUAGAGAUUCUCAAGUCAGAGUCACCGAACUUGAAAAGAAAUUUCAAGACAUUUUAACUACGGAUGAAUCUGUAUCUAUUCCAUCACCACUUUCGAAAAGUGAAAAUCUCAGCAGAAGUAGCAUGUCCUUAUCCAGUUCAAAUCAAGAUUUCGUCAAGAUAUACCAAGACAUCACUAAAACUUUAAAAUCUACGAGAGAAGAAUUAACCGUCGCUAAAAGUGAAAUAUUGAGGUUAAAAUCAUUAUUGAGAGAAUCUGAAGAUGAAUUGUAUGAUGCUAAACGUCUGUCAUUUAGAUCUUCAGUUUCAAAUUAUGAAGAAGAACUUGCACAAUUAAAAGUGAGAAAUGAUAGUUUAUUUUCUCAAAAUUCCGAUAUUAAUCGAAGUCUCGAAUUGUAUAAGAAGAGAUCUGAUGAGUAUUACAGAAAACUUGAACUUGCUGAAUCUGCUGUUCAAAUUUCUAAGAGGCAUGAGCAGGCUGCAAUUCGUGAAUUGACAGAAAUAAAAAAUCAAUUAAAAUUAGCAAGAGAAGAAUCCAGAGCUAGUCAAAUUAUGAUCAAAGAAAUCAGAAAUGAAAAUUCCGUACUCGAAGAAAAGAUUAAUGAUAAGAACUUUGAAUUGCAAAAAGUAAAAAGUCGAAUGAGUGUAGUAAAUGACAAACUAGACUAUCAUACCAAAAAUUAUGGAAACAAGGAAUUGAAUGAAAAAUACAAGGAAGAGAUUAGAAACCUUCACAAGGACUUAAAUUUUAAGAUGGAGACUGAAACAAAUUUAGUGAAAGAAAACAAACGACUUCAACUUGAUUAUGAAGAUUUGGUUGCGGAAAAGGAUUCUCUUGAUAAAGAAUUAAGUUUAAAAUUAGCGAAAUUAAGUGAGCUUGAAUACUUAUCCUCCGACCUUGCAAAGAAAUUGAGAGUUUUAGACAAUGAAAAAGUUAUACAUGAAAGAAAAAUCAAUAACCUAUCCAAACAAAUCACUUCUUUAAAAGAACUUGUUACGGAAACUACUAGUCAAAGAGAUGAAUUACUUGAAACAAAAGAAACACUCGAAGAACAAAUUAUCCAGUUAAAUCAAAAAUUAGAUGAUAAUGCGACCCAAAUACAUCAAUACGAAUCGGAUAUGAGUAUUCUUCGAGACCACUUGGAAAAUCAAAGAGAAGCAUCCACCACAAUGAGGUCCGAACUAAACCAAUCUAAAAUUCUUAGUAGAGGUGAUAUCCAGGAUUAUCAGAAAGUUAAAAGGGAGGUUUUGAUUACAAGUGAAGAAAAUGAUUCCUUGAAGAGAGUUAAUAAAGAGCUCAGUAGCAAAGUUCAAAUUCUUGAGGAAAAAUUGUACGGUAAUGAACAGUUGAAAUACUGGGAAACAAAGGUUAAUGAUUUGACGAGAGAUUUGGAUAUAUCCCAUAAUGAGAAUUAUAAUACUUCCAAGACUAUCAAGAAUUUGGAAAGAGAAAUCAAAAAGCUUGAAAUUAGAGUUGAAAAUGAAUCUCAAUUGACCAAGAAAUAUAAUGAUGAAAAUUUUGAUUACCAAAACAAAGUGAGCCAUUACAAAAGUACGAUCGAUAUAUUGCACAAUGAAAGUAUGGAAAAAGAUUUAUUACUUAAAGCUAGUGAAAGGGAAAACUUGGAAAUGAAGGAAAACAUGUUAAUGCUUGAGAGAGAAGUUCUUAGCCUAAAGGAAAGGGUUGAAAUCAACACUUAA